CCUGUCCCAAGAUGGCGGCCACCAUGAAGAAGGCGGCUGCGGAAGAUGUCAAUGUUACUUUUGAAGACCAGCAAAAGAUCAACAAAUUUGCUCGGAAUACAAGUAGGAUCACAGAGCUCAAGGAAGAAAUAGAAGUAAAAAAGAAACAACUCCAAAACUUAGAAGAUGCUUGUGAUGACAUCAUGCUGGCCGAUGACGACUGCUUAGUGAUCCCUUACCAGGUUGGGGAUGUGUUCAUUAGUCACUCUCAGGAGGAAACACAAGAAAUGCUAGAAGAAGCAAAGAGAAAUUUGCAAGAAGAAAUCGAUGCCUUACAGUGCAGAGUGGAGUCAAUCCAGCGGGUGUUAGCAGAUCUGAAAGUUCAGUUAUAUGCAAAAUUUGGCAGCAACAUAAACCUUGAAGCUGAUGAAAGUUAAACGUUUUUAUAAUACUUUUUUUUAAAUUUGUUUAAUAAACUUGAAUAUUGU